AUGGAAUUCCAAUCCUUUUCCACUCUCCUCUUCUUCACUUUCCUUCUCUUCUUGUUCAUCAUGAUCAUGAAGAAAGGAAGGUGGCCCACUACCCAAAACCCAAUUCCCAAACUACCCCCUGGCCCACCAAAGCUACCCAUCAUAGGUAACAUACACCAGUUACUUGGACCACUGCCACAUCACAUCCUUACGGACUUAGCCCGAAAAUAUGGGCCUCUCAUGCACCUAAAGCUGGGCCACCUCUCCACAAUUGUAAUCUCUUCCUCAAGAAUGGCCAAAGAGAUCAUGAGGACACAUGAUCUCAACUUCGCCAUGCGACCCAAACUUCUAGCGCUGGAGAUCACAGCCUACGGAAGCACCAAUGUCACCUUCUCACCCUAUGGUGAUUACUGGCGACAGCUAAGGAAGAUUUGUACACUUGAGCUCUUGAGCGCAAGCCGCGUCGAAUCAUUCCGAUCUAUCAGAGAAGAAGAAGUGUCGAAUCUUAUUUGGACGGUCUACAACUCGGCUGGUUCUCCGGUCAAUCUGUCAGAUAUGUUUCUCACAAUCAUUAACAAUAUGAUCUCGAGGGCCACCGUCGGCAAGACGUGCAAGGAAAGAGAAGUUUUCAUUGAUGCGGUGAAGGAAGGUGUGAAAGCGGUUGCGGGGAUGGACAUAUCUGAUUUCUAUCCUUCGUUGGGAUUUCUUUCAUUGAUUACUGGAUUGAGAUUCCGGUUGGAGAGGAUUCACCGAAAGUUUGAUCGAAUCUUAAGUGAUAUCAUCAAAGAACACAAACAAAAACAUGCAACGGUGGGGAUGAAUUGUAACGAAUCUAACGACGAGGAUUUUGUUGAUGUUCUUCUUAGGCUUCAGCUUCAUGGGAACCUUGAAUUUCCACUCACAACCAACAACGUAAAAGCCAUCAUCUUGGACAUGAUGGGUGCAGGGACCGACACCUCCUCAACCUUCCUAGAGUGGGCCAUGGCAGAGAUGGUGAAAAAUCCUAGGGUGAUGGAGAAGGCCCAAGCUGAGGUGAGACAAGUAUUCAAAGGUAAGGGAAAGGUAGAUGAGAGAGACACAAACAAACUCAACUACUUGAAAUUGGUUAUCAAGGAGACUCUAAGAUUGCACCCUCCUGCUCCACUGGUCCCUAGAGAAUGCAGAGAGAAAUGUGAGAUUGACGGCUACGAGAUACCUGUCACGACAAGGGUCAUUCUCAAUAUAUGGGCUAUAGGGAGGGACCCAGAACACUGGGAUGACCCAGAUAGCUUCAAGCCUGAGAGAUUUGAUGGUACUUCCAUUGAUUACAAGGGGACCCACUUUGAGUAUGUCCCAUUUGGGGCUGGUAGGAGGAUAUGCCCUGGCAUGACUAUUGGAAUGGCUAAUGUGGUACUUCCCCUUGCAAACCUCCUCUAUUACUUCGACUGGAAACUCCCCAGUGGAAUGAAAGGUGAGGAUCUGGACAUGACUGAGGCCUUUUCUGCCACAAUUCCCAGAAAAUACAACCUAUGUUUGGUUCCCAUCCCUUGUAUUCCAUUGCCUACUGAGUUAAAGGAAAUAUAA